GGUGUUCCAAUCCCCUCCAUAUCGUGUGACUCAGGUGUUCCAAUCCCCUCCAUAUCGUGUGAUUCAGGUGUUCCAAUCCCCUCCAUAGCGUGUGAUUCAGGUGUUCCAAUCCCCUCCCAAUCAUGCGAUUCAGGUGUUCCAAUCCCCUCCCUAUCGUGUGAUUCAGGUGUUCCAAUCCCCUCCCUAUCGUGUGAUUCAGGUGUUCCAAUCCCCUCCCUAUCGUGUGAUUCAGGUGUUCCAAUCCCCUCCCUAUCAGUCAAUAGCUAAAGACCUCCAAACUUGGUGUGGCCUUCAGAUGAGCCCAAAAACAGUGCGUAGAGAGCUUCAUGGAAUGGGUUUCCAUGGC